CAUCAAAGCAUAAACAUAUUAUGGCACGGUGUAUCUAUUUCUAUUAGAAGCACAUCUAAGCGCUCUUCCUGAAGAGAAACGGAAAGUUUGAUUUCAUCAGCUUUGGUCCUGUGUCUUCAAAAGCCUGAUUCCUUGAGAUCUGUUGCACGCGUACGCGUUCUCAGCACGUCGCGUUCUUAUCUAUCAGGCAGGGAUUCGAGCCGCAUUUUAAUCCUUCGCUGUGCACCAACCUACCGUCGUCACCGGUCUAGGUCCUAGAUUUUGAUUGAAUCGACAAGUGAUUACGAAGGCUCAGGCCGUAUAACCGGCUUUCUGAAAAGUCUACCGUUCGACAAAAACAUGCCGCGACCCCCUACGAAGCGUAAUCGACCGACACUUGGAAUUUCGAAGACUGGGAACAGAGAUCUUCAACGUGUCACGGACAAUGCCGGGUCGACGAAGCAUAAUCCAAACGGCUCAAGCUGUGAAUCGCCGGCUGUCUUGCGGAUCACACAGCUCCCAGCAUCUGAUCUCGCGCUGCAUCAAAAAGACCAGACGCCUGUAGUCAAAUCCCAUGAUUAUGCGAUUGAAUCAUCACCCCUGGAAGAGCGUGGAGCGGGUAGCAGUCGUCCGGUCACAAGGGCUCGUGGAUACUCAUCUACUCUCUCCAUCGUCGGUCGGAAAGGUGAUGGGAAUUCGAGGAUUCCAGGCACACCUGCUUACGAGAGUUCGAUAUUGAGCAAUUUUAGAAGACGACCACGGCAACCUAGCAUUCUCCAUAUGAUGCAAGCGAAUGACGAUUCUUCAGAUCUGGACGAUGAGGACUUUCUUGGAGGACUAAGUCCUGAGGACGAGUCCACACCCUUGGAUAUAUCGAGGGGGAAAUCACUCAUCGCGGGGCACGCCGCAUCAUCGUCACCAGGCCUACCAUCGCCUUCCAGCAGCAAACAGCGCAAGCGUACACCUUCGUCUGGGGAUACUUGUUCUGCACCACGUCCGCAACAAGUGCGGCACUCGCCUCCUACGAUGAUAAUGGGGCAGCAAGAUGAGACCCCAAUACGCUUAUCCCAGCCUCUCAUGUCUCCUGAGGCCACGAGCGCCACAAUGGCGCCACCUAUGAGCAGCAGUCCCUCCAUGAGCCCCCCAAUUGCACCUUCGCUGAUCUAUGCCGAACAGCCUCUAGCUCUUUCCAGAAUCGCGCUGAGAAUUCCAGCUGAGCGAAGCAAGGUGGGCACGAAUUUACCCACGGUGGCCCUUCAGAAUGAACUGCUACCUCGGAGAAUCAAAAUCCGGCGCCAAUGCUGGGGUCCUAAUCUAGAGACACAGAGCAGGCUGAGUGAUGAUAGCUGUUCCGAAAUGGAGCAUCAUGAGAGUGACUUCCCACUAGGGAAGGCCACCCGGGCACCUCUAAGACACACUGGCAAGCCGGGCCCUCCACAGUCCUAUGAUAACCCACAAAAAGAGCAACCAACAAAUGUCAUGGCUGAGUCAAGAAAGAGGAAUCGUGGUCAAACUCAAAACAACAAGAAGACAAGACUGGGGGCUGACCGGCUACCCUGUGCAACUACCCAUGCAUUUCAGGAGGGUCCUUUGUCACCUUUCUCGUCACCUUCUUCGUCACCUUUGUCCUCGCCUCUAUCGUUACUGCCCGGUUCACAAGCCGAUCACUCAAGUAUGCCAUCGGGAUCCGAACCGCUCAAAGCUAGGUAUCUCAGCGAGGAGUUGAGAGUGCAGGCACAGAAGUUUGCGGAUAUCGAUAAAUGGGAGUUGGAAUAUGAAGAUGUAACUAUUGCCGCUAGUCAAGGGAGCGAUGCUUUCAGAUAAGGAUUUACAUGUUUCUCUUACAACCAUCAUGCUGAUCAUAUUCCUACCCCCCGAGAAGAACCCUUGAAGACGUGGAUAGUUAGAGCGAAAGGCGCUCUGCUAAUACAUCGGGCAAU